CACAUGAGCAGAACCUGGCGAUCUUUCGCACACUUUGCGACUCGGUUACUGUCUACGUUAGCUUGGUACCACUGUCGGGACUGAACUUAAUUCUCCUGCAGUGCGUGGACUCUCACUUGUGGCGUUGUCUUCCCGUCCAUUGUGCCCGCUAAAAUCGUGUGAAAUGACUACGAUCCACUUCCCGCUAAUGGUAUCACUAGCAGAUGAACUUGUUCUCACAAGGGAUAGAUAAUGCUUUAGAUCCUGGCCUCUCGUCUACCUGUUCAGUUCAAUGCUUCUCGACUACUCCAAAACUCCGUACAACAUUCAUCCCACCGGAACACCUCAAUAUGGCGAUUAUCGAGGGUCUACAUUCGAGGGCGAUUCAACUCUUCGUUCGAGGUGGAGGACAUCCCACUCCGGAGGUUGUGAAGAGCUGGCCGCUACCGAACCAUAUCAAUCCUGAAGAACGGGGUUGGGGUGGACCAAUCGCACUUAUGGUUCUCAUGGGACUUACAUUCGUCAUAUACUUCGCUCGCAUGUGGGCACGACUAUCAGUGGGUAGAAACGCAGGAUUGGACGACGUACUGAUGACCCUUGCCAUGCUCCCACUGGCUGGGCUUACCAUAUCUGUAAUACUUGCUAUAAGAAAAUACGGGUUUCAAUGGCAUGUGUGGGAUCAGACUGCAGAGACUAGGAUCACAUCACGAAAGAUCACAAUGGCGAUAGAGAUGAACUACAUGAUAUGCACAACUCUAGUCAAGGUCUCCAUUCUUUGCUUCUACCGCCGCAUCACUGGAGCACUCACAAACAGCUUCGUGUAUUGGGUCUGGGGAGCAAUCAUCUUCUGCGUCGUCUACUGUGUCUUGUUCAUCCUCCUUAUUGCAUUCAAUUGCACCCCGGCAGCAGGGUUCUUCAACCUCUACAAUCCCGUCUGGGUGGCACAGCACGAAGUGCAUUGCCGCGACGAAGGCGCACUUGUCGUAGCCGCUACGACCAUCAGUACCGUCAUAGAUUUUAUGGUCGGCUUGCUUCCUGUCUCCCUGGUCUGGAAGAUUCAAAUAUCCAAGCGUCAGAAGCUCGCUCUUUGUGGUAUCUUUGGUGUAGGCGUGGUGACCUGCGUUUGCGGCAUCAUGCGCACAUAUUAUGCGAUUAAAGUUUACUACUUUUCAUACGACAUCACCUGGUGGGGAUACCAUGGCUGGGUAUGGACUUCGCUUGAAGCCGAUCUGGGCGUGAUCUGCGCUUCUGGACCGGCGCUCAAGAUGUUCUUCCUCCGCUAUUUCCGCAACCCUGGUUCUAGUUAUUACAAUGCUAGCGGCCGCAAAACGCCCGGGAUCGGAUCGCAAACAUACCCCAAAGGCUCGCACCUACAUUCAGCACGCUCAGUAGGAAAACCACGCGUUGUUACCGGCGAUUCAAACGACUCUGAUGUACCUAUGACUAGCAUCAAAGUCAGCCAGGGCUUGGAUAUACUGGUCGAAGACAACUGGGACCAGAAGAGCGACUCGAGUUUGAGAAACCUCACGCUUCAACACAACGCGACUGGAAAGUGGCCUGAGGGAUGUCGAACGGUUUGUGAGGCGUGGAAACCGAGUAGCCCGGAUCAGUCAAGAAGCAGAAGCGAAGACACGGAUCUUGAAAGUGGCCCUUGGAGCCGUUAAGAUCAGCACAUCAUGAGCUUGGGAAGCUUGGUUUUCUCGUCCAUGCUUUUGCGGUUCAUGUCCCAGACAUUCACAUGUACACAAUGUACCGCAAGCUUUUUCUUAUAAUGUUAUACGAUUGGAGGAUCACUUCCGUUACAUCAGCAAGGCGCAUAAGGCGUUUUGGAUAUCUUGAGCCGCAUGUAUGGCAUUGCCUUUUUUUGUUGGAUUUUGUGGAUUUGUUUUUGUGAUUGGAACAUAUAGGAAAUACCCGGACACGCUAUGUAGGC